AGUACCUGCUUGGACUCCGACCACGCCCUAAUACGGGCACGCAUCUGCUUGCGCCUCACUGGACGCAAAAAAGCCACAGUAAAAAGACCCAUUAGAACUGAGUUGAGUAACGAGAAAACCAAAAGUAGGUUCCAGGAACAACUGAGGUCACACUUAGUUAGUUCUGAAGACGAGGCUGACCCAGAUGUUGCUUGGAAAGAUAUACAAACAGCUGUGGAAACAGCAGUUACAUCUAUCAGUGAUUUAAACCACAGGGUUACAAAGAAGCAAUGGAUUUCCUCUAGGUCUAUUGCAUUGAUGGAUUCUCGUAAACUCAUCCCAUCAGGCUCUGAACACGAUGAAGAGCGACAACAAAUCAGAUCUAGGUUAAGCAAAAGUCUAAGGAACGACCGUGAGCAGUGAUGGGCAACGAAAGCAAAAGAGAUGGAAAAGGCGGCGACUAUAGGGAACACAAGACAGCUUUACAGACUAAUAAAAGAAACUGGAAUUAAUAAGUCAAGUGUAAGUGAGAUUAAAUCGGAAAAAGACGAUACACUCAUCUGCUCCCAGUCCAGACGUUUAGAACGAUGGGCGGAACAUUUCAGAGAACAGUUCAACUGGCCUUCAACUACUCUACAACUACCCACCAUUCCCAGACAGUGUGAAUGGAACAUUGAAGUAGGUCCUCCAACUCUUGCUGAAGUUCAAAAGGCUAUAGUUAAUCUAAAACGAGGAAGGGCAGCUGGUCCAGAUGAACUGGCUCCAGAGGUCUUUAAGGAUGGUGGGCCAAUUUUGGCGAUUAGGUUGGCUAAUAUUUUAGCCAAGAUCUGGGAGUUAGAUGUUAUUCCAUCUGACUGUUCACAAUCACUUAUCGUCCCAAUAUAUAAGAAAGGGUCAAAAUCAUCCUGUGAUAACCACAGAGGGAUUAGUCUAACUAAUAUAAUAUCUAAAAUACUAGCCUCGAUAAUUAUCAGACGCCUAACUAAGACUCGUGAACUGCAAACACGAGGGAACCAAGCUGGCUUUAGACCUGGUCGUGGCUGCGCCGACCACAUAUUCACCAUUCGUCAGGUUCUAGAACAUAGGCAUACUUAUCGGCGUCCGACAAUGGUGGUCUUUCUCGACUUAAAAGCAGCAUUUGACUCUGUAGACCGCGAGAUUCUGUGACAGUGCCUAUCGUUAAAAGGCGAUUCUUAGAUGUACAUAAGCCUUGUGAAGAUUCUUCACUUGAACACUACUAGUCGAGUCAGAGC